AUGUCCCACCACCACACAACGGGGUUAUUAUUGCUGAUACUCUUCAAAAGUGUUUCACUGAUUGGGGAAUUGAGAGUAUCUACAAUAACAGUGGAUAAUGCUAGAUAUAAUGAUGUAACUUUAAGGGUUCUCAAAGAUGUUUUCAGUUUGAAAAAGAAGUUAUCUAUCGGGGGGCAACUUUUUCAUGUGCGUUGUUGCGCACAUAUAACAAAUUUAUUGGUCAAAGAUGGACUAAGUGAGAUUGGUGAAAUUGUCUACUGUGUUCGAGAAGGGGUGAAGUACUUGGUUGCAUCAGAAGCUCGUAUCAAGCAGUUUAGUGAUAUUGCAAAACAAUUGCAAUUACCAAGCAAGAAACUUUUUUUGGAUGUUACUACCAUAUGGAAUAGCACUUAUCUAAUGCUAGCUGCAACCUUAGAGUUUAGGGAAGUCUUUCCGAGAUAUGGUGAUAGAGAUCAAGGCUUUAAUUAUGUUCCAAGUGUUGAGGAUUGGACCAAAGUGGAAAAUGUUUGUCAAAUUUUGGCAGUUUUUAAUGAGGUUACAAACAUUAUUUCAGAAACUGAGUAUUCAACUGCUAACUUAUUCCUUCCUGAGGUAUGGAGAAUAAAAGAGGUGUUGAACAAGAAGUCUCUUGACCUAAAUGAUUACAUACGAGCAAUGGUUGUGAAGAUGAAUACAAAAUUUGAUAAAUAUUGGGGGGAAUGUAAUUUGCUUAUGGCAGUAGCUGCUGUUUUGGAUCCAAGGUUCAAGAUGAUGCUAGUUCAAUUCUGUUUUCCAGUAAUUUAUUCAGAACCCGAAGCCACUAGAAACAUAGACACCAUCUUGAGAAUCUUAUAUGAGCUGUAUGAUGAGUAUGCUGAAGAUUAUAAUUUAGCUAAUGUGGAGUCGAGUGGACAUGAAAAUGCUCGAGACAUAGGUUCUUCUUGUAGUGGCUCUAUCAAUAUUGUGGGGAAGAAUGUGAUGAGUGUCAAGUCUAUAUUUGAAUCAUUCGUUAGAAGGAAUGAUACCAUUCGUCCAGUGAAAUCUGAUUUGGAUGUUUAUUUAGAGGAAGGUGUCUAUAUUUGUAGUGAGGAUUCAGAUUUACAAUUUGAUGCCUUGGAGUGGUGGAAGGUUAAUGAUCUAAAAUACCGCAUUUUAUCUAAGAUGGCACGUGAUAUUUUGUCAAUUCCAAUGACUACAGUGGCUUCAAAAUCUAUAUUUAGUGCUGGUGGUAGAGUAAUUGAUCCUUAUCGCGCAUCAAUGUCUGUUGAAACAGUAGAAAUGUUAUUAUGUGGAGCUGACUAG